GACUGCUUUUGGAACUGAAAUCUUUGAAAUUGUGCUAGAUACAGACAGAUUUUAUUCAGCUUAAGCUCCACUUCCACUUAGAAAAAAAAAUGAUACGAAGUAAAAAGACUAAUGGAACUUAAUAAUUUUCCAGUUGACCAUUUAACUAAAAAGCAGUUAUGAAGAAAGUAAAUUAAGCUUUUAAUAUCUGCCUGUUGGGUGGAGCAUAUAGCUUGCUUCCAGAAGAUAUUUGGUUCUUAAAAUAUUCACAACUUUCACCUUUAAGUUCACGCUAUCUAUAGCUCAGCUGCAGUAAGUGUGAUCUUUUCACUUCCCCAAAUGUCACUGAACUCAGGUCUCCUUAUGCUCUGCAGCUCUGUCCUGAAUGGAGUCAGAACCAGAAGAUAAUAAAAGGGUUGAGAAGCUGAAAAGGCAAUCUACCAAGUACAAGGCAGACAAAACCUAUCCUACAACUGUGGCUGAGAAGCCCAAGAAUAUCAAGAAAAACAGAUAUAAGGAUAUUUUGCCCUAUGAUUAUAGCCGGGUAGAACUAUCCCUGAUAACCUCUGAUGAGGAUUCCAGCUACAUCAAUGCCAACUUCAUUAAGGGAGUUUAUGGACCCAAGGCUUAUAUUGCCACCCAGGGUCCUUUAUCUACAACUCUCCUGGACUUCUGGAGGAUGAUUUGGGAAUACAGUGUCCUUAUCAUUGUUAUGGCAUGCAUGGAGUAUGAAAUGGGAAAGAAAAAGUGUGAGCGCUACUGGGCUGAGCUAGGAGAGAUGCAGCUGGAAUUUGGCCCUUUCUCUAUAUCCUGCGAAGCUGAAAACAGGAAAUCUGAUUAUAUAAUCAGGACUCUAAAAGUUAAGUUCAAUAGUGACACUCGAACUAUCUACCAGUUUCAUUACAAGAAUUGGCCAGACCAUGAUGUACCUUCAUCUAUAGACCCUAUUCUUGAGCUCAUCUGGGAUGUACGUUGUUACCAAGAGGAUGACAGUGUUCCCAUAUGCAUUCACUGCAGGUAUACAUGCAUACAUGCUACUGUGAUCUUUCAUUUCAGUGCUGGCUGUGGAAGGACUGGUGUUAUUUGUGCUAUUGAUUAUACAUGGAUGUUGCUAAAAGAUGGGAUAAUUCCUGAGAACUUCAGUGUUUUCAGUUUGAUCCAGGAAAUGCGGACACAGAGGCCUUCAUUAGUUCAAACUCAGGAACAAUAUGAACUGGUCUACAAUGCUGUAUUAGAACUAUUUAAGAGACAGAUGGAUGUUAUCAGAGAUAAACAUUCUGGAACAGAGAGUCAAGCAAAGUAUUGUAUUCCUGAGCAAAAUCACACUCUCCAAGCAGACUCUUAUUCUCCUAACUUACCAAAAAGUACCAUAAAAGCAGCAAAAAUGAUGAACCAACAGAGGACAAAAAUGGAAAACACAGAAUCAUCUUCCUUUGACUUUAGGACUUCUGAAAUAAGUGCAAAGGAAGAGCUAGUUUUGUACCCUGCUAAAUCAAGCACUUCUUUUGACUUUCUGGAGCUAAAUUACGGUUUUGACAAAAAUGCUGAUAAAACCAUGAAACGGCAGACAAAGGCAUUUCCAAUAGUUGGGGAACCUCUUCAGAAGCAUCAAAGUUUGGAUUUGGGCUCUCUUUUGUUUGAGGCAUGUUCUAAUUCUAAACCUGUAAAUGCAGCAGGAAGAUAUUUUGAUUCAAAGGUGCCAAUAACACGGACCAAAUCAACUCCUUUUGAAUUGAUACAGCAGAGAGAAACCAAGGAGGUGGACAGCAAGGAAAACUUUUCUUAUUUGGAAUCUCAACCACAUGAUUCUUGUUUUGUAGAGAUGAAGUCUCAAAAAGUAAUGCAUGUUUCUUCAGCAGAACUGAAUUAUUCACUGCCAUAUGACUCUAAACACCAAAUAUGUAAUGCCCCUAAUGUAAAGCACCAUGACUCUAGUGCUCUUGAUGUAUGUUCUUACAUACCUUUAGUGGAAGAUCCUUAUUUUUCAUCAUGGCCUCCAAGUGGUACCGGUUCUAAGAUGUCUCUUGAUUUACCUGAGAAGCAAGAUGGAACUGUUUUUCCUUCUUCUUUGUUGCCAACAUCCUCUACAUCCCUCUCCUCUUAUUACAAUUCACAUGAUUCUUUAUCACUGAAUUCUCCAACCAUUAUUUCCCCACUAUUGAACCAAGAGUCUGCUGUACUAGCAACUGCUCCAAGGAUAGAUGAUGAAAUCCCCCCUCCACUUCCUGUACGGACACCUGAAUCAUUUAUUGUGGUUGAGGAAGCUGGAGAAUUCUCACCAAAUGUUUCCAAAUCCUUAUCCUCAGCUGUGAAGGUAAAAAUUGGAACAUCACUGGAAUGGGGUGGAACAUCUGAACCAAAGAAAUUUGAUGACUCUAUGAGACUUAGACCAAGCAAGAGUGUAAAACUCCGAAGUCCUAAAUCAGAAUUACAUCAAGAUCGUUCUUCUCCCCCACCUCCUCUCCCAGAAAGAACUCUAGAGUCCUUCUUUCUUGCCGAUGAAGAUUGUAUGCAUGCCCAAUCUAUAGAAACACAUUCUACUAGCUGUCCUGACACCAUGGAAAAUUCAACAUCUUCAAAACAGACACUGAAGACUCCUGGAAAAAGUUUCACACGGAGUAAGAGUUUGAAAAUUUUGCGAAACAUGAAAAAGAGUAUCUGUAAUUCUUGCCCACCAAACAAGCCUACAGAAUCUGUUCAGUCAAAUAACUCCAGCUCAUUUCUGAAUUUUGGUUUUGCAAACCGUUUUUCAAAACCCAAAGGACCAAGGAAUCCACCACCAACUUGGAAUAUUUAAUAAAACUCCAGAUUUAUAAGAAUAUGGGCUGCAAGUACACCUGCAAAUAAAACUACUGGAAUACUGCUAGCUAAAAUAAGUGCUCUAUAUGCGUAAUAUCAAAUAUGAAGAUAUGCUAAUGUGUUAAUAGCUUUUAAAAGAAAAGCAAAAUGUAAGUGCCAGUUUUGCAUUUUCAUAUCAUUUACAUUGAGUUGAAAACUGCAAAUAAAAGUUUGUCACUUGAGCUUAUGUAGCGAAUGCUAUAUGAGAAACACUUUUAGAAUGGAUUUUUCAUUUUUGCCAGUUAUUUUUAUUUUCUUUUACUUUUUUACAUAAACGUAAACUUCAAAAGGUUUGUAAGAUUUGGAUCUCAACUAAUUUCUACAUUACCAGAAUGUACUAUAAAAAGUUAAAAAAAGAACUUACCUUGUGGGUUGCAAUACAAACUGCUCUUGACAAUGACUAUUCCCUAAGUUAUUUUUGCCUAAAUGAAGUAUACCUUGUAAAUCUUCCCAAAUAUUGUAGAAAACUGGAAUAUUAAGAAAAUGAGAAAUUAUAUUUACAAAAAUAAAAUGUGCAAAUAAUGACAAUUAUUUGAAUAUAACAACAAAGGAGUUCAACUGCAUUACUGAUAAGUUUUAAUCAAAGUCAUUAAAUUACCAAUUCUAGAAAAGUGAUCAAUGAAAUAUAAUAGCUAUCUUUUGGUAGCAAAAGAUAUAAAUUGUAUAUGUUUAUACAGGAUCUUUCAGAUCAUGUGCAAUUUUUAUCUAACCAUCAGAAAUACUAGUUUAAAAUGAAUUUCUAUAUGAAUAUGGAUCUGCCAUAAGAAAAUCUAUUUCAACUCUAAUUUUAUGUAGUGAAUAAAUUGGCGGGUAAUUGUGUUUUACAAAGAAUCCACCUGACUUCCCCUAAUGCAUUAAAAACAUUUUUAUUUAAAUAACUUUAUUUAUAACUUUUGGAAACACGUAGUAUUGUUUAAACAUCAUUUGUUCUUCAGUAUUUUUCAUUCAGAAGCCCAAUAGGGCAAACUGAAUGAAAUAUUAUUAGCUGUCUGUUGUAGUACAAUGUAUCCAAUAGAUAAUCAAUAAACUUUUUUGUUUUUAAACUGA